AUCCUAGUUUCCGCUUUAUUUGCACUCUACCAUCAUUUAAACAACUUUUAACAUCCAUGUUGGGCCGAUCUCUUCUUAAGCAGGCUACUCCUGCCAUUCGUUCUGUUGCCGCAAAGCGUACAAUCUCAUCAUCGCGCAUCGCCCUCUCUGAUAAACUGUUUGUGCACCGCGAUACCCCCGAUAAUAAUGUCAACGUUAGAUUUGAGUUCACGCCUGAAAACCUUGAGCGGGCAAAAGAGAUCAUGGCCAAGUAUCCUCCUCAAUACAAGAAGGCUGCGAUCAUGCCCCUUUUGGAUUUGGGUCAGCGUCAGCUGGGCUGGACUAGUUUACCUGUCAUGAACGCUGUUGCAAAGAUGGUCGAGGUCCCUCCUAUGCGCGUCUAUGAAGUGGCUACUUUUUACACCAUGUACAAUCGUGAACCCGUCGGCAAAUACUUUCUUCAGCUGUGCACAACUACACCCUGCCAGCUCUGCGGAUCAACAGAGAUUUUGAAGACGAUCGAAUCACAUUUGGGCAUUAAGGUUGGAGAGACGACCAAGGAUGGUAAAUUCACUCUAGUGGAAGUCGAGUGCGCUGGAGCAUGUGUGAAUGCACCUGUGUUGGCUGUCAAUGAUGACUAUUAUGAGGAUUUGACUCCAGAGACCACUAUCAAGGUUCUUGACUCUUUCAAAACUGGCAAGCCCCUCAAUGCUGGACCUCAAUCCGGUCGUCACACGUGCGAACCUAAGGGAGGUCUGACCAGUCUCACUGGCGAGCCUACUGGACCUGGCUUCGGUGUUCGCCCUGAUCUGUAAAAAGCAUAAACAAAACAACAUUUCCAGCACACCGUUUCAUUCCCACCUCCCUAUUCCCUUUUAUCUUGUAUUCUCCAUUCGCUGGCGGCAUCGUUCUUUCUAUCACUCGCUUCUAUCACCUCUUUCUUUUCUUUUUUCUUUUUUUAACCAAUUAACCAAUACAGGCGAUCCAAUCACACACAUUACGAAAGUGGAAAUACAUUUUAUUUUUAUGAUAGAUGGU